AAGCCGGUGUUUAGGCCGCCAUCAUCGUGAAACUCGGAGGGUGAUAAUUUGCUUCGAUCUCCUCGAAUUUACGCCAGUGCCGAGCGAGAAUCCACUCGACAAUGGUUAAGCCACUCACAGUGUGUGGUCCCUGCCACGGUGAUGCCGUAAAGAAGACCGAAAACGCUUCGGAGUGCGAAUUAUGCCAGCUCAAGGCUCGAAACUCGGAGCUCGAGGCGAUAGUGGCGAAAAUGGACACCGAUCGCCGAGCUUGCGUGAUGUUGAUCGGCGACACUCAACUCAUGAAGCUCAGGAAAGCUCCUCACUACAUGAACGAGUAUUUCGGCAACAACACUCCGCGAAUGCUGGUCCGAUGGCAAGUCAACGAGAACAUCGAGCGCAUGCUGGCGUACCUCCUCGAGAGUUUCAAAGUGAGCCGACCGCAUGCGGUUGGAUUCCACGUUCUCUGGUUCGGCGGGCUCCACGAUACGACUCUCGAAGACUACGACAGGAGUAAGUACCUCGAGAGGCUCAAGGUCGCCUUGAAAACCGUCCACGACGAUGCCCGCUCGUUGUCGGUUACCUGGGCCACGCUGCCCGAAUCCGCUCACAACGCCGAAGCCGCUCACAUCAACGAGGAAAUGGUGCGCUGCUCCGCCGACACCGAUUGGCUGAAAAUUCUUGACCUUCGUUUCGUCUCUCGUCGCGAGGGAACCAUGGACGCCAACGAGGCUAUUUGGACAACGAAGGGCAGCCAAUGCGUGUUCGAGUCUCUGAAGAAAUUCUUCGUCGAGAAACUCGAGUACACCGAGGAAGAACUCAGCUCUCUGGAGGAGUCCGCUAAAAAGAACCGCGAGAAACGUCAAAAACGUGAGGCUAAACAAGUGAAGAAAACCCCGGAAGGGGCGGCGGCCGCCGCCACAACAAAUGGCGAUGGGCCCGCCAAAAAUAACGGUACCGAAGCCGCUGCUCCGACCUCUGGGCGAAAGAAGAAGGUCGCUGCACAGAAGACCCCGGAGACCCAAGGGGCCGUUCGAGUCCAGACUCAGAAGGCUGCUAUCACAAAGAAAUUCCCGGCCGUCGAGAUCCGCAAUAAGCCGAAGGUUGCGAACCCGAGACGGGCGAAGGCCGUAGCCGUGGUCCCUCAGAGGGCUCCGAGGGGUCAGCAGAAGCAACAGCAGCAGCAGCAGCAACCACAACAACAGCAACAACAACAACAGAAACAUCAGCAGAAGCCACAGCAGGUUCAGCAACAGCACCAGCAGGUGCAGCAACAACAAGCUCCUAGAAAUCAGGGCAAACGAUUCCAUAACGCCAGUAAUAAGAGAUCGUUCCGUCAAGACGGCGGGGGCCAAGCCGGUAACUUCACCGGACAGGCGAACUACGUCGACGCCUGGACAACCGGCGCUGUGAGCUACCAAAACACCUACGGCAACGGUCAAGCCAAACGAGCUCGUAAGCAGAACAACGAUGCGGGAUAUGCAGGAAGUUACUACGAUUACGGAAAUUACAGUGAAGACAUUCAAUACUAAGCGAUAAAGGAACUCCUACAAUGCUGCACACUACGACUUUGGUUUUUACCAGAGCGAACUUGACAUUUCCAUCCGAGACGGCAACCGAAGCUCCGAGCGCCUCCUCGGGGCCAAUCCAUUUCAUUCACCGUACCGCAAUCACCGCAGAGUGUAAUCAUCGAGCCGUGCUCCUACCGUAGUGUAACAGUGUUUCGGUAAAGAUUUCCGAAUAGCCAUCCACAAUCAUCCAUUUUAGCAGAACUCCGUAAUAUGUAUGUCCGUCGCUUACCGUCAUACGACAUAGAAUUCCAUAAGUUCACUUGGGAGAAGAGGACCUCGUCUCCUCGAAGAUUUUGUUCUCGUCGCUCAAAGCUACCUUUCGGAUUUUGGAUUCUUUCGUGAACAACUCGCAGGGCCCAUAAUUUUUUUCUCCACCUGCUUUGUAGUUUUAAGACCGAGUUCACCAGUGAUGGGACUCAAGUCACGAGUUCGCCUCCUGCCGUAAGCCAGGGCGAGACCUCCGAAUUUUUUUGUGACACUCUCUUUGUGAAUCCCUCAGUCAUGAUUGACUCAUUCUAAGAGCAGAACCGUAUCUGAAAUCCAAUAAUUUGUCAUGAGUAGCCUUCGCCGAAACCCUAGAUAAGUAUCUUAAGAAACCUGCGAAGCCUCGACCGCGAUUCUCGCUUGCUCUACUUUAAGUGUAUACUGUGUACAUACACGCAUGUACGAUUCCGGUAUUGGUCUUGAAAAUAUGUUUCUCGUUCAUCCUGUCGUAUAUCAAUAAAGCAUACCUUCACUUCGAGCCCGUGAACAGU